AUGUUUCGUUGUAGAGAUAGAGAGAGAAGAGACUUGACUUGUAGUCUUUUUUUUCCUUUCAUUUUGCUCUAUGAGAAUACUCAGUUAUGGCUAGAUAUUUUAGAAUGUAAAGUGACGGUGAAUUGUGUGCGUAGUCUUCAGUCGAUCGUCAAGAAUGACACAUCGUUUAAACAAAGAAUUAAAUAA